AUGAGGAACGAGUGGCUUGUAGCUCUUGCUGCUGCGGCAGUCGCCCACGGCGAAGACCUAGCACAUUCCCCUCCCUCUUAUCCAUCUCCAUGGGCCAAUGGCCAAGGUGAAUGGGCCGAGGCCUACCAGAAGGCCGUCGAUUUCGUUUCACAAUUGACAUUGGUCGAAAAGGUCAACCUGACCAGCGGUAUUGGUUGGGAAGGAGGACAAUGUGUGGGAAACAGUGGAAGCAUCCCUAGCAAGGACUUCCCCGGUCUCUGCAUGCAGGACUCUCCGCUCGGCGUUCGUUUCGCUGACUACGUGUCUGCCUUCCCCGCUGGCAUUAACGUUGCCGCUACCUGGGACCGCGAUCUUGCCUACAAACGCGGCCAGGCAAUGGGUUCGGAGCACCGAGACAAAGGUGUCGACGUCCAGCUCGGUCCUGUUGCUGGCCCGCUGGGCAGAACCCCCGAAGGAGGCCGUAACUGGGAGGGCUUUUCCCCGGAUCCAGUCUUGACCGGACACCUGAUGGGAAAAACCAUCGAGGGCAUCCAGGACGUCGGUGUCAUUGCUUGUGCAAAGCACUACAUUGGUAACGAACAGGAGCACUUCCGCCAGGGCUCCCAGGGCAACUACACCGUCUCCGACGCCAUCAGUUCUAACAUCGACGACAAGACCCUGCACGAGCUGUAUCUGUGGCCAUUCGCCGAUGCCGUCCGCGCCGGUGUCGGUUCCUUCAUGUGCUCCUACAACCAGGUGAACAACAGCUAUGCUUGCGGUAACAGUUAUCUGUUGAACCAUGUGCUCAAGGGUGAGCUCGACUUCCAAGGCUUUGUCAUGACCGACUGGAGUGCGCAACACAGCGGUGUCGGAGACGCCCUUGCUGGAACCGACAUGGAUAUGCCCGGUGAUGUUGCUUUUGACAGUGGCACUGCUUUCUUUGGAUCUAACUUGACUAUCGCUGUGCUCAACGGAACCGUUCCCGAGUGGCGUGUUGAUGACAUGGCUGUCCGUAUUAUGUCUGCCUAUUAUAAGGUUGGCCGGGACCGUACUCGCGUUCCCACCAACUUCGACUCGUGGUCCCAAGAUACUUAUGGCCCCCUGCAAUUCUACGCCAAUGAGACCUACACCAAGAUUAACGACCAUGUUGAUGUUCGUGCCGACCACGCCAAGAUCAUCCGAGAAAUCGGUAGCGCCAGCGCUGUUCUUCUCAAGAACGUCAAUGGUGCUCUCCCUUUGACCGGAACCGAGAAGAGCGUCGGUGUCUUCGGCGCAGAUGCCGGUUCUAACCCUGGCGGCGUCAACGGCUGCGCUGAUCGCGGGUGUGACGAGGGCACUUUGGCUAUGGGAUGGGGUAGCGGUUCGGACAACUUCCCUUAUCUGGUCACUCCUGAGCAGGCAAUUCAAGCCGAGGUCAUCAAGAACGGAGGUGUCUUCACCGCCAUCACCAACCAGAGUGCCACGGACCUGGCCCAGGCUGCCGCUAGACAGGCAUCGGUAUCUCUGGUUUUUGCCAACGCCGAUUCUGGAGAAGGUUACAUUGAUGUCGAUGGCAACACUGGUGAUCGCAACAACCUGACCCUUUGGCAAAAUGGCGAGGCCUUGAUCAACGCUGUUGCAAGCGAAUGCAACAACACUAUCGUGGUCCUCCACACCGUGGGGCCCGUUCUGGUUGAGAGCUGGUUGCACCACCCCAACAUCACUGCCGUUCUCUGGGCCGGAUUGCCCGGACAGGAGAGUGGAAACUCCUUGGUCGAUGUCCUUUACGGCACCGUCAACCCAGGUGGAAAGACUCCUUUCACCUGGGGUAAGCAGCGCUCUGACUGGACAACGGAUAUUCUCUACGCCCCUAACAAUGGCGAGGGUCCUCCCCAGCAAGACUUCACCGAGGGUAUCUUCAUCGACUACCGUCACUUUGACAAGGCCGACAUCACUCCCACCUUUGAGUUCGGCUACGGUCUGAGCUACACUGGCUUUUCCUUCUCGGGACUUGACGUCAAGCCCGAGCCCGCUGCACCUUAUACUCCCACCAAGGGCAAGACCGGAGCAGCUCCUACGUUUGGCAGUGUCAAGGAUGCCUCUGCUUACGUCUACCCUGACGACAUCAACCGCAUCGACGCCUACAUUUACCCGUACAUCAACUCUACCGACUUGAAGGCUUCUUCCGGUGACCCCCACUACGGCUGGGACUCGAAGAAGUACAUUCCCAAGGGUGCCCAAGACGGCUCGGCUCAGCAUCUCAACCCAGCUGGCGGCAGCCCUGGUGGUAACUCUGGCUUGUAUGAUGUUGUCGCUACCGUCUCAGUGGACAUCAAGAAUACCGGCGCUGUCGUUGGUGACGAAGUUCCUCAAGUCUACAUCUCUCUUGGCGGCCCUAACGAGGCACCCAAGGUGCUCCGUGCCUUUGAACGUAUCACGAUCCAACCGGGUCAACAAACCACAUGGACUACUACCCUGACUCGACGAGAUGUCUCCAACUGGGACACCGCCAGCCAGAACUGGGUGGUCACUGACUACCCCAAGACAGUUUACGUUGGCAAUUCGUCGCGAAACCUGCCCCUCAAGGCUACUUUGACUUUGAACAGCUCUUGA